AUGUCAACACCGUCCAAAUCCGGAAACAUGGCAUUCCACAACGGUGUCCAGAAGCGUUCGGCUGCAAAGCCCCAUACCCCACCCACGCAUGCUAUCGAUGGCCUGCUCGCAGCUCUCGGAGAUGACGCUCUUCUAAUCAAGAAAAAGCACGAUCGCGACGCACCCACCAAGCUGGAAGUCUACCAUGCAUAUAUGAGCUAUCUUGAGGAUUCAUUUGCAACAGACGUUGCUGUUCCCGCGCCCUCUCUGGUACGGAACGUCAAGACCGAAGUCGACAGUGGCGCACUCCCUUUCGUCGUGAAACACGAGUCACGUCUAUCCAACCUCUUUCCCGAGGUUAAGAUGGAAGACAUCGAGGUCAUUGACCUCUGUAGCGAUGCCGAAACCGACGAUGGCCUGAAGCAAGAAUCUCGAAGCAGAGUCAGUAGCAUCUCUAAUACGAGUUUCGAACAUGAUCAACGCUCUCGUGUGAUCAGCGGCAAGCGUAGGCUUGACAAGGAAACUUAUACGAAGGUUAUCAGGGGAGAGCGCCCUGAGAACAAGAUAAAGUCUGACGACGUGGUUCAAACAAGUGAGCACAAACGUCCAACCCAGGCUAGAAUCCGCGCCAUGGCCAGAAAGACAUACAAGGCUUGCAAAAACGGCCACUUGAAUGGCCUCACGUCUCGAAAACACUUCGAAGCCAUACUGGAAGAGGCUGACCGCAAGGAUUAUCUCGGAUACGUUGGCCGUAUGAAGGGACUGGAAGGUUUUGACUGGACCAACCCUCAUCGAUUAUCUUUGUUGGUGCUAGCCGCUUCCACCCUCUCUCGAUCGGACGAGCAAGAGAAGCAACUCCUCGACGACCUGGGGGCCUUCAGAAAGCGCUUCAAUGUCCGGCAGUAUCUCGCUGAGACCUUUCCCAUCAGGCACCCAGAAGCUCACGCAGCCAAAUUGGCGGCUGAAGAAAAGUCACAGGCCGAUUGCGUACUUGCAAUCGACAAGCAGCAGAGGAAGCGCGAAGAAGAUCACAGCAACUAA